AUGAGUCAUGAGCUCUCAGUCCUCGAGGAUUCUACUACACAAGGCAAUUCCAAUCGUCCAAAUGACACACAUGACUGGUCCACCUGCCGUAACGUCCAGGCGCAAUUACGGCAUCGCGCGAGAUCCUAUCAAAAAGACUCCCAGCAAGCGGCGCGCAAAUCAGGCUUGACAGAUCCGUUGGUGGAAAAUGAUUUCAAAAAUUCCGCUCGUCAUAGAGCCCGUGAGAAAUUGGCAGAUAAGGAAUUUUUUCUCAGUCUCCUAAGCUCUGCUGCGACCAAGCGAGAGGCCAAAGCAUAUCUCUCAAGAUUCCCGUCGGUCAAGAAAACAAAGUAUCCAAUCACGAAGCCAAAACAGAGUGCAAUCGAAGCACAGUCCGCAAAGGAGAUGAUAGAUCACAAGCCAGGAGUCAAUCUGGGAUCUUUUUAUGGAGCUACGAGAUCGGUGUCGGAAACACCAGUCUUUCGACAGGGGGAGGCGCCCGAGACAAAGACAGCACAGGGGAUUACUCUCGAUGAGGCAUUGCAUAUUGCGCUGGUCAAGUUGACAAAUUCGCAGUCGUUAGACGAUGAAACCGUGCAUGGAGUUGCUUUGACAUUGUCACAACUCACCCGGUUGGGCAUGGCAUCUUGUGUUGUUGUUGACCCUGGCCCUGUGGAAGACGAGACAACAUGGAGAAAGGUAGCGGCCGAGCAAGCUGACCGUCUGUCAGCUGCAAUCGAUGCCUGCGACGGAGGUAAAGCUCGUCGAUUGGAUUCUGUGCUGACUAAAAACGACAAGGAGAGACUUCCAAAGGUAAUUUCUCGUCAAGUCUUACUACGGCCUUUGCGUAAGAACCACACAGUCAUUGUUACCCCCGUGGCCUAUUCGGAAGAGACGUGCACGGCAUCUCUGGUUUCAGCCAACGAUGCCGUGUUAGCUUUAACUCGAGAACUAGCUGGCUUGGAAAGAAAACAUGAUCCUGAUGAGGAUCCUCGUGUGACAGCGGAAAAGUUUGCUGUUCUUCAGAAGGAGGUGGCCGUGGACCGACUAAUUGUCCUGGAUCCUAUAGGUGGUAUUCCAGCGUUUGAAGGUCCGCAAAGGUCUCAUGUUUUCAUCAACAUGGAGCAAGAAUUUGAGGAUAUUGAGAAUGAGCUUUUGGGAGCCACAAGGGCGAUAAGCAACGAAGUUCCCCCAAGGGUUGAGCCGAGCUCUGUUGUUGCCGCGGUGAACAACAGCAAUCCAAUAUCGAGCAUUGUUGCGUCCGAAAUUGCUCCGAUAGCCUCUGGAUACCAGCAACAACGAGAUGGCCAAAUUGAAUCCAACGGCCCUCUGCAAGGGCAUCUCGAUAAUCUGCGCCUGCUACAAAAAGCACUUGCUGUACUUCCGCCACUAUCUUCAGGUAUUAUCACGACGCCCAAAGACGUAGCGAAUUCGGCGCGCCCCCAACAGCAGGGCUUCCUUUCCGUUUCUCAGGUAGGAACUAGGCGUCAGAAGAACACCCUGAUUCACAACCUCUUGACCGACAAACCGGUCUACUCAUCCUCACUUCCAUCUGCGCGACUAGGGCCUAGUCAAACAUUCAACGGGCAGACAUUUCCCGCCGUGGUGCAGUCUACUUUUGUAAAACGCGGAAUGCCAUUGACCAUUCUUCCUGACCCUCGUAUUGCCCCAUGGUCUCCAGAGAAUAGCCGCGGCCCGCAGCGUUUGACUCUGGAUGAUCCUCGGAUUGAUCUCCCGCGCUUGGUAUACCUUAUUGAAGAUUCCUUCAACCGAAAACUAGAUGUCCAGGACUACCUCGAUCGGAUCCAUGGCAGAAUCGCAGGACUCAUCAUUGCAGGCGAAUACGAGGGCGGCGCAAUCCUCACCUGGGAAGCACCGCCAGACAUCCCGGAAAGCGAACUUGACAAGCCCGAAAAUAUAAAGCGUCUAGUUCCAUAUCUUGAUAAAUUUGCCGUUCUCAAGCGCAGCCAGGGGGCAGGGGGCGUCGCUGAUGUAGUGUUUAAUGCUAUGGUUCGCUCGUGUCUGCCGCAGGGGGUGUGUUGGCGCAGCCGAAUGGACAAUCCGGUGAAUAAGUGGUACUUUGAGCGGUCGAGGGGCACGUGGAAAUUGAAUGGGAGUAACUGGGCGAUGUUCUGGACAACACCCGGUGUGCCGGAAGAGGAUCCAUUGAAGUUCAGGGAUUACGAGGCUGUGUGUAGGAGUAUUCAACCAAGUUGGGCGGAUAAGAAGAGCGUUGUUGAUUAG